UGGGCCAAGGUCACGGCCGAGGGCACCGGGGGCCCGCCAUCUCGCGUGUGUUAAUCCCUGGCACCCCAGGCCCGCACUCCUGGCUUUGGGUGGAGCGAGCACUGCUUUGUAAGCCAUUUCUUGACCCAAGUAGUUGGUGGGGGGAAAAAAAAUCAAGCUCGAUCCAGCCUGGCUGAGCAGGCUGGCAGAGGAGGCUCAUGAGUUCAAGGACAGCCUGGCCCCUCCUGCGUCCGGGCACCGGCGCGGCCCACACCUGUCAUCCUAACUACUCAGGAGCUGAGAUCUGAGGAUCGCAGUUCGAAGCCAACCCCGGGCGGGAAAGGCUGUGAGACUCUUAGCUACAAUGAGCCCACCAAAACCAGCCAGUAAUGGAGUGGUAUAGCAUCAACCUUGAGCAAAAGAGCCAAGGGACAGUGCCCAGGCCCUGAGUUCAAGCCUGAAGACCAGCACCAAAAACACCCUCAAGUCACAUGCAUAAAACCACACCCCUGCCCAGUUCAUUCAUUUCUUCAGCACUGAAGCCAGGAGAGCUUGGCACUGCGUCCACAUCGGUGCAGAUUCUUCUUUUGCCUCCGGGGGUGGGGCAUGGAAGACAUGAGGGCUCUUCAGCAUUGCCUUCCCCCGGGGAGCCGGACUGGAGCUGGAACCCCGACUGGAGCUGGAACCCCUGUGCUGGACUGGGCCAAGGUCAAGGCCCAGGAAAGGACGGACGGGGCAAGCAGUACAAGAGGAGUGCCAGACCCUGGAGACAUAAAUGCCAAAUGCCAAGGUCCCAGGGAGAGUGGCUCAGGGCUGCAGACCACGCAGAACGGCCGCUUCUACGCCAUCUCCGCCCGCUUCAAGCCGUUCAGCAGCAAGGGCAAGACGCUGGUGGUGCAGUACACGGUGAAGCACGAGCAGAAGAUGGACUGCGGUGGGGGCUACGUGAAGAUCUUCCCCGCCGACCUGGACCAGAGGAACCUCAACGCCAGGUCCCCCUACUACGUCAUGUUCGGACCCGACAUUUGUGGAUUUGAUAUCAAGACGGUUCACGUCAUUUUAUAUUUCAAGAACCAGUAUCACUCAAACAAGAAACACAUCCGGUGUAAGGUGGACGCCUUCACGCACCUCUACACGCUGGUCCUGCGGCCCGACCUCACCUACGAGGUGAGGAUCGACGGCCAGGCCAUCGAGUCCGGCAGCGUCGAGUACGACUGGCAGCUGACCUCCCUGAAGAACGCGGAGAAGGCCGAGGCCCAGGCCAGGGGUCCGGCCCGGGCACGCGGAGCCACAGCGCAGGACUGGGAGCAGCACUUCCUGGACGCCAGCGCGCCGAGCGACUGGAACAGCGAGUUGGACGGGGACUGGCAGGCGGCCAUGCUGCAGAAGCCUCCGUACCAGGACGGCCUGAGGGCCGAAGGCAUCGAUCGGGAUGUGUGGCUCCACAAGAAGAUGCAGUCGGCCAGCUACCUGCUGCAGCAGGACCUCUUGGAGUUCGAGAACAUCGGCGCCAUCGGCCUGGAGCUUUGGCAGGUGAGAUCUGGAACCAUUUUUGAUAACUUCCUGAUCACUGAUGAUGAAGACUAUGCGGUGAAGUUCGGCAAGGCCACCUGGGGUGAGACCAAGGGUCCAGAGAGAGAGAUGGACGCCAUCCAGGCCAAGGAGGAGCUGAAGCAGGCGCGGGAGGAGGACGAGCAGGAGAUGCUGUCGGGCAAGUUCCUGGGGCGGGACGGCCACUUCAGCCAGUUCCACAGGCGGGAGGGCCUCUAGCCGCAGCCCGCGGGGAGUCUGCGGCGAGGCCCCGCUUUGGCCUUCACCCACUUUUAAAAGCUCAUCUCUAUGUAGUUAUUUGUCCAGUUUUCUUUGCAAAAAAUGCUGCCAUGCUUCUGGGUAGGGUGAUGGCCGCCCGGGCUGCCCACCGCGACGCCCACACGCAGCCUGCGCCCCGCCCGAAGCCGCAGGCCAGGGCCUGGCGCAAACACGGCGUUCUGCUAUUGGCAAUGCUGGUUUGAACCGGGACCCUGCGUUUGCCCAGCAGGCGCUCUACCAUUGAGCUAUGCCACCACUUCUGUUUCCAGUAUGCCUCCAGUAGGUCUUGCUUUUCGUCUUGGCUGGCCAGGAUGGGACCAUUCCUAUUGACUGUUUCCACAAACUGACAAAGAUAGACUCCUGCCAGCACACCCUGUUCAUUUUUGUGCCUGAACUGGGCCUUGAACUCAAGGCCUUGUGCUCUUGUUUGGCCUUUCUUCUCAAGACUAGU